CUCGUUUUCAUUUCUGAUUUUACGAGUUCACAGAGGAUAGUGCGUCAUUUUAUCGAACUUCUCAACUGAAUCUCUUCUCUGUCCUCACUCCUUAGUCUCAGACUCUGGAGAGACAGCAUUGAAGUCGUCGCUCUCUCGAGCUUCUCAAUUCUAAAGUAAACCAUACUUCUUCUUCUCGUCCUCUAUCCUGUGAUCUUGAGUCUUGUAUUACAGACUACGGAGAGACCAAAUCCGUUGCUGUGGUCUUUCCAAUUUCCAUGGAAUCACCAACUCUAACAACCUCUCCGCUUCUUCCAGGGCGGUGGCGCCGCUACCUCCCCCGCCUCUCCUGGGCUACCAGCUUCGGCCUGAAGACCUCAGUCUGGUCCGAAUUGGGUGGCUCUGUGGGUGACCUGGGCACCUACAUCCCCAUCGUCCUGGCCCUCACUCUGGUCAAUCAUUUGGAUCUCGGCACCACCCUCAUCUUCACGGGCCUCUAUAAUAUCAUUACAGGCUUCCUCUUCGGUAUCCCAAUGCCCGUCCAGCCCAUGAAAGCUAUCGCCGCUGUCGCCAUCUCCGAAUCCCAAACCCACCUCACCAUUCCCCAAAUCAUGGCCGCUGGUAUCUCAACCGCCUCCGUCCUCUUUCUCCUGGGCGCCACAGGCCUCAUGUCCUUCUUCUACCGUUUCAUCCCGUUGCCCGUCGUUCGUGGCGUCCAGCUUUCACAAGGCCUUUCCUUUGCCUUCUCUGCCAUCAAAUACAUCCGUCACCAGCAGAACUUCGCCACCGGUAAAUCGGGCUCUGCUCGCCCCUGGCUCGGCCUCGAUGGUCUCAUCCUCGCCCUCUCCGCCCUCCUAUUCAUUGUCCUCACAACAGGUUCUGGCGACUCGGUGGACAAAACUGAAACUGAACCUGAACCAGAACCCCAUCGCCCUCGUCGUCCGCUUCGAAGGCUGCGUAUCUUAUUGGCGAUUCCAUCCGCGCUUCUUGUGUUCCUCCUGGGUCUGGUGCUCUGUUUCGUUCGUGACGCUUCCAUUGUUAAGGAUCUCAACUUCGGUCCUUCGAAGAUCCAUGUGGUCAAGAUUUCGUGGCAUGAUUGGAAGACCGGAUUCAUUCGAGCUGCCAUUCCUCAGAUUCCACUCUCUGUUCUGAACUCUGUGAUUGCGGUCUGCAAAUUAUCAACCGACCUGUUUCCAGAGAAAGAAGCGUCGGCGACGGCAGUCUCCGUCAGUGUGGGAGCCAUGAACUUGGUGGGUUGUUGGUUCGGUGCAUUGCCCGUCUGCCAUGGCGCAGGGGGGCUUGCAGGGCAGUACCGUUGUGGGGGACGAAGUGGUGCAUCGGUGCUGUUUCUGGGGAUAGGGAAGCUGGUUCUGGGGCUUGUUUUUGGGAACACAUUCGUGAAGAUACUGGGUGAGUUCCCAAUUGGGAUAUUAGGGGUUCUCUUGCUCUUCUCUGGUAUUGAAUUGGCAAUGGCUUCCAAGGAUAUGAACACCAAGAAGGAGUCCUUUGUGAUGCUGAUUUGUGCUGCUGUGUCCUUGACUGGUUCAAGUGCUGCUUUGGGCUUCGGUUGCGGGAUUGUGGUGUUUUUGCUGCUGAAACUGAGGGAAUCGGAUUUCUCUUCAUGGAACUACAAAUCAAAAGGGUCUGCUGAUAUUGAUACUGGUCUCCAUCCUUAGGAGAUUUCGCCUUUAUUCUUAAGGUGGGAGAAAGAAAGAAUAAAAAUUAUGAUAUAAUUUAUUGGUAGCAGAAGCAAGUUGAUGGCAAUCAUAAUAGUGGGAAUUCAAGUUCUAGGAAGAUUUGGCUCUGUUUUCCCAAUAUAUCUGGGCAUGCAUCUUUCGACAA